AUGCCUCCAUCCCGCCAAGUCGUCGUUUCGUCUUUCAGCGGAAUCGACGACGUCUCCACACUCAAGAUCGUCCCUGGCGACGUCGCCGACCCAAUCAAAGAUCAAAUCCAGGUCUCGGUUAUCUAUGCUGGCUUCUCCGGCUCCGACAUCAACAUGCGUCUGGGGCAGUAUCCGCUACAGCGUGCCGCGCCGCUCACCCUGGGCUACUGCUGCCUUGGCCGUGUCUCUGCCAUGGGGCCAAACUCAUCCGCUUUCAAGGUUGGAGACCUGGUCACCGCCGUGACAGUCUACGACUCACAAGCCGAUCUUGUCAAUAUUCGGGAGAAGCACCUUGUGUCCGUGCCGGAGGGCCUAGAUCUCCAGAAAGCCGCCGCGCUCCCUUUAGACUGGAAUACAGCCUACGGCAUGGUGAUGCGCGCCGCAAAGGUCUCACACGGCCAGCGAGUCUUUAUCCACGGCCUGAGCGGCGCGGUGGGAUAUGCACUACUUUCCCUCUGCAAGCUGCAAGGCGCAAUUGUCUAUGGCACCGCAUCGUCACGCAAUCACUCCACCCUCAGAGGUCUUGGUGUGACACCAUUUGUCUACAGCGACAAGGACUGGAUCGCGCAAAUGAAGGCCGUUGGCGGUGCCCACGCCGUUUUUGACCCGUUGGGUUUUGGAUCCUGGGACGAGUCGUACUCAAUCCUCAGCGAUUCGGACCCUAGCAUUCUGGUGGGCUACGGUGGUAACCUCGCCAGCCUGAAUGGUGAUAAGGAGACGCGGUCGCCGUUCCCCUCCAUCGCGAAGUUGUUGGCACAGAAUUUGCGGCUGUUUUGCAACAAGUCUACCACCUUCUUUUACAUUGACAGAGACCAGACGACUUUUAAGCCGGAGCUACUAGCGCUGCUGGAUAUGCUCAAGGAUGGUAAGAUUGAUGUGUCGAUCAAACAUGUUUGGGAUCUCGAGGAGAUUCAGAACGCCCACAGAAGCUGGGGCAAGGCGCCAGGCAUUGGGUCGCUGCUGAUACGGGUCAGCGAGGAGUAA